UCGCUCUGCCUCCUCUGUUUGUGUCACUGGAGACAAAAAGAGGAAGGAAUAUGGUUUCAUCUGACGCUCCUCCCGUUUCAGCGCUGCUGCCGCUGCUGUAGCGGAUCUGUGAGUACAACUGGAACCACCACCGUUCCCCGUGAACACCCACCCACCCACUGCAGGACACGAGCCCACAGCACACCGGGACACAUAAAUGGUGGAGGCCGUGGUGGAGUUCGACUAUGAGGCUCAGCAGGACGAUGAGUUGAGCCUGACGGUGGGUGACGUCAUCGUGAACAUACGGCGGGACGAUGGAGGAUGGUGGGAGGGGGAGCUGGGAGGACGCAGGGGGCUGUUCCCGGAUAACUUUGUCAGGGAGAUAAAGAAAGAAGUGAAGAGGGACGGAGGACAAGCAGGCAUGAUCAAAUCUGACCUCUCCAAUGGCAGGGCCAGUCCUGUGUCGUCUGACCCCAGUGUUCGGCCGGGAAGGAAAGGAGAGCAGAUCCGUAAACGACGGUGUAAAGCUGCAUUCAGCUACGUGCCGCAGCACGAGGAUGAACUGGAGCUGAAAAUUGGAGACAUUAUUGACAUCAUAGCAGAGGUAGAGGAGGGCUGGUGGGAGGGCGUCCUUCAUGGCAAGACUGGAAUGUUUCCCUCCAAUUUCACCAAAGAGAUCCAGACAGAGUCGGACGCGACCUCUGCAGACAUGCCAACCUCACAGGAGGAUCUUCGCAGCGGUCGCAUGAGUAAAGACAGUCCAGGCAGUGAAAGUGAUGGAGGAGACAGUCAACGCUCAGAAACUGGGUCAGCAGAAAUCCAGCCCAAGAAGGUUCGAGGGUUUGGCUUUGGAGACAUUUUCAAAGACCAGCCCAUCAAGCUGAGACCGCGCUCAAUUGAAAUAGACUCAGAGGUGGACAAGAACAACGAGGGCAAAACAGCAAGUGUUGCUCCUGAGACCAUGAAGACUGAACCUGACAGCAAAACUAAAGGACGCGAGCAGUGCAAAGUCCUCUUUCCAUACGAAGCACAAAAUGAGGACGAGCUGUCGAUCAAAGAGGGUGAAAUCAUCAACAUCAUCACAAAGGAGUGCGCGGAUGCAGGCUGGUGGAUGGGGGAGAUUGGAGGACGACAAGGCGUCUUCCCAGACAAUUUUGUGAAGCUGCUAGAAGUGGAGAAGGAGAGACCAAAGAAACCGCCUCCUCCCAGCGCGCCUUCAGCCAAACACGUCACAGAGAAAAAGUCGGAGCUCAAGAAGGUUCCUCCUGAGCGUCCUGAACAUCUGCCGCUGAGAGACCAGGAUCGAGGUGAAGAAGUGAAGGUUGGCGACAUCCCCAAGCCCUCCCUCCCAGCUCACCUUCCCAAGAAACCCCUUCCCCCAAAGACAAGCUCCUCCUCUUCCUCCUCCCAACCCCCGCGACGUCCUGAGAGACCCCCCUCUCUAUCGUGUGAAAGCCCCAAGUCUGAGGGCAAAGGUUCGACACCAGACUCUGCCCCUGACAGGUCACAUGACACUGAUAUGGACCUGGACGCCGUGGUGUUGUCGACGGAGAAACUGAGUCAUCCGACGGCGUCACGUCCACGAGUCACAGACCGACGGCCUCGUUCACAGAUCAUCACACCUUCCUCUCUGUCCAGCAUUGACCAGGAACCACCUGUGGUGGAGGAGAGGAAGGAGAAGGAGAGAGUGAAGGACGAGCCAGAGGUUGUUUCCACCAGAUCUGUGGACGUUUCCCUGAGGAAGGGAGUUCCCACCGUCUCUGCACAUGACAGUAAAGCACCACUGCCUGCAAAACCCUCUGUCCUGACCCCGCCAAACUCCACCCAUCGUCCCGCCUCCCCGUCUUCCUUCUCGGGUCUGAGCCCCUCCCCCGAGCUCAGGCACUCGCCUCUGACCCCGCCCACAGUGGAGGAACUCAGGAACCAGCUGAGAGACCUGUGUACCUCCGUAGAACUUCUCAAGAGCCAGCACAGGCAGGAGAUGAAGCAGCUGUCCAGUGCACUGGACGAAGAGAAGAGGAUUCGUCUUAGUUUACAGAUGGAAGUGGAGCACAUAAAGAAGAACCUGAUGAAAUAAAGACUCAACCACCUUCACAUUUGUUUACCACGUCGUUGUGAUGACACAAAGAGUUUCACUCUUUGGCCGAUUGAGACUCUUUUGUCAAAGACUUAAGUUUGUGCCAAAUGAUCGUCACGCUCACCAUCAGCACCACGGAAUCAGCCACCUUCCCUCCUCUGACGCCGCCUUAUCCUGUGUUUACAACUUUUAUUUUCCUUUUAAAACGAGGCUUCUCUGUUCAGUUCACUGCUAACUUGUCGGAGCUUGCUGUGUCUCCGGUACUGACUGACCACGCGUGGCUUGUUACUGUGUGUUUGCGCGCAACAGUUGUGGGACGAUGAGGUGGAGCUGCAGUUGCCAUGGCGACCUCACUGGUACUAAAAAAGCAAUUUGGGGAACUCCAACUCUGUAGCCCGGUUGGUUCAGAAAACCUCUGUGCUGUGUGUCCACUCUGUGGCCUUUGCCUCUCAAGUGUGUGUGUGUGUGUGUGUGUGUGUUUGUUUUCCAUCCAUGUGGGGACCGUGGUGGAAGGCCUGCUUUGUGAGGUCGGUUCUUUAUUACGAGGUCAUUUUACUACAAAAGCUGGAUUUAAGUUUUGGAUUCAGGCGUUAAGAUCAAAGCUCAAACUCUGAGGCACAUCAUUUGCAUUGGGAUAAGAUUUCAUAGACUCACUGCUACUAUGAUGCUUCUCUUGUACACUGCAGGCAGGUGAUUUUGAAGCAUUAGCAACUGAUUCACUUAUUUUCUUAAGGCCCUGGUAUACUUCCGUGCAUUAUUCUGUUCUUCUUUGGUGAGAAUGUGUCCUAUUCCUUGCCUCAUGACUUGUACCGCCACCCAAUGGUGAAGUGGGAUACUACAGGACCCUGACGAGGGAGUAUACCAGGGUCCGUGAUAUGCAACGCGCACUGUAGUGCCCAUGUGGUAUAUGAGGUAUACCACGGGCUUUACAGUGGACUAUUAUGUAUGUGUCGCUUUAACACUUGAGGGUGGGCAGGCCUGACACUUCAGAAGUUUGCAGAGCAGUGUCUGGCAUGGCCUACUGAGUAGCAUGUGUUGCUAAUCUUGCUAAUGCAAUGUCCACCAUUAUUGGGUGCAUUUUGUCCAACAUAAAAACGUAAGCAUUUGGGCUGCGUAGUGUUUGAGUGAUACACAUACAGUAAGCAUAAUUUCAUUGGUUAAUAGUGCCUGUGCGGAAACAUUUUGUUUGACUGACGCUCGCAUGAAGUGCAAGCUAAGUCGACCCACAAUGCAUUUCGACAACUCGCGACACAGUGCGUGUUACAAGCACAUCAGUAAUUAUUAAAACUAAACCGGUGACGAGUAGUGAUACUGUGGGUUCUACUUGAAUGAACAUUUUUGACAUUUUAGGGAAUAUCACACAGUAUUUGGAAGUCAAAGAAGAAGAUUAUACCACUCUAAUGUCUGUAUGCUAACAAGCACAACUCGGGGGACAAGGGUAAACAAAUGAUCUAUAUUUUCCUCACAAAUGAAGUUUUGCAGUGAAGAUAGGUUCCAUACAUUCAUUUUCAUAUUCCCUUGUGAAUUGUAAGUCCAGUAUAAAACAACAAUAGCAGCUUUUAUACUUGCAUCACUACAUAAACAUGCCUAUCUACAAUAUGUCUUCAAGUCAACAAAAACAUUGGACCAAAAACAUUAUUUUUGCUUUUGCACUUUUUGUAUUGCGCCUCAUAGAAACAUCCGUGCGCCGUACACCUGAUAUUUUUCUGGCACUCUCAGCAGUGGGUUAAAAUUUUAAAUGAAUUAAAUUAAAAAGGGUUGAAGUGAGAGGUCCUCACAGGUAGAGGAAGAUGAAACUGUGUGUGUGCAUGUGUGCUGACAUGUAUGUGCAUCCGUUCGCCUCCCUUUUGUACACGUAUGUGCACAGAGUCCAUGGCAACCCGUCACUGUGGCCUUCCUGCUUGACUCCAAAUCUUUCUUUCUUUAAUUUCUCUCUCUUUCUUUCUUUAUCUCUUUCUUUCUGUCUGUCGUAUGACAACGAGAAAACUGCGACAACUGAGGCUACAAGUUGUUUUCUUGACUUGGUCCUGUCUCGCCAAGAUAGUGAUAAAAUAUAUAUAUACUUUUAUAAUUCAGUGUAAUAAAGAUGCAAUUAUGUACUGUA